GCCGCCUCCCCGGCGGGCGCGCGUGUGUUCGCGCAGGGGGCUGUGCCGGUGGGCGGGCGGGUGUACCCGGGGACGCGCGAGAGUCCCCGCCUGUAGAUGAAGGCGCGGCUGCAUGCGUGGGGGCAGCUCCCGGGCGCCGGAGCCUCCUGUGUUUGUGUUUGGGGUUUUUCAAUGUGGUUAAGCUCGUAAAUUCUUCAGCCUGGAGCUGUAUACCCAGCAGCAGAAGGCUCAGUCUGUGUAUGUGGUAUGAGUGCCUGGAACGUACACCUGGUUCCUCUUCGCUGGCAUCCACGGUUUAAGAAAAUAAAUAGAAGUUUUCAAGGAGGAACAUGGCGCAUCUUCUAGUGAAAACGAUCCUCAUUCUGGUGCUUUGUCGACCGGAACUUCCUUUCCGCAAAGGAACAGGCUCUCCAAGAGGAGCCCGAGUGUCUGGGGAGAUUGCUGCCUUUACACCUGGGCAGCUUCCAAGACCGAUGAGCAGUUUGCUAUCACCGUUUUUCCUUACCUUAACCACCAGGGACUCAUAUUUCAGAUUUUCCUCCCCCUGAACCACGCCUGCCUGCCUCUCCCAGGGGCUCCCGGGGUUCCUGCGCUCGGACACCCGCGCCUGUGCAGACUCGGCCCGCAGCUUUCUCGCCGGCGAAACUACAUUUCCCAGCGGCCUGUUCGUCCGCGCGAGCUCGUCUUUCCCGGCCCGAGAGGCAUCGCGAAACCUCAAGAGGCUGUGCCGGGCAGCGUGGGUGCGAGGGGCCCAGGGCGGACAGGCGAGGCCCAGCCGAGCUCACGCGCCCCGAAAUGGCUCGGAGGCAGGACGAGCAGAGAGCGGGCGCGCCCUUGAUGGCGGAAGGCAAGCCGGACGCGGAGGUUAAGCUCAUUCUAUACCACUGGACACAUUCCUUCAGCUCUCAAAAGGUGCGCUUGGUAAUUGCUGAAAAGGCAUUGAAGUGCGAGGAACAUGAUGUAAGUCUGCCCCUGAGUGAGCACAAUGAGCCUUGGUUUAUGCGUUUGAACUCAACUGGAGAAGUGCCUGUCCUUAUCCACGGGGAAAACAUAAUUUGUGAGGCCACUCAGAUCAUUGAUUAUCUUGAACAGACUUUCAUGGAUGAAAGAACACCCAGGUUAAUGCCUGAUAAAGAAAGCAUGUAUUACCCACGGGUCCAACAUUAUCGAGAGCUGCUUGACUCCUUGCCAAUGGAUGCCUAUACACAUGGCUGCAUUUUACAUCCUGAACUAACUGUGGACUCCAUGAUCCCAGCUUAUGCAACCACAAGGAUUCGCAGCCAAAUAGGUAACACGGAGUCUGAACUGAAGAAACUUGCUGAAGAAAACCCAGAUUUACAAGAGGCGUACAUCGCAAAACAGAAGCGACUGAAAUCAAAGCUGCUUGAUCAUGACAAUGUCAAAUAUUUGAAGAAAAUUCUUGAUGAGUUGGAGAAGGUCUUGGAUCAGGUUGAAACCGAGUUGCAAAGAAGAAAUGAAGAAACUCCAGAAGAAGGCCAUCAGCCCUGGCUCUGCGGAGAGUCCUUCACCCUGGCAGACGUCUCACUCGCUGUCACAUUGCAUCGACUGAAGUUCCUGGGGUUUGCGAGGAGAAACUGGGGAAAUGGAAAGCGACCGAACUUGGAAACCUAUUACGAGCGGGUCUUGAAGAGAAAAACAUUUAACAAGGUUUUAGGACAUGUCAACAAUAUAUUAAUCUCUGCAGUGCUGCCAACAGCAUUCCGGGUGGCCAAGAAAAGGGCCCCAAAAGUUCUUGGCACCACCCUUGUGGUUGGUUUGCUUGCAGGAAUGGGAUAUUUUGCUUUUGUGCUUUUCAGAAAGAGACUUGGCAGCAUGAUGUUAGCACUUAGACCCAGACCAAAUUAUUUCUAGGCUUGUUGUGAUCUGGUGGUGGCAACUCAUCCAACCAUUCAGCUAGACCCUUGUUCAGUCCUCCAGACCAAGUGAAGAAUUAUCCUGGGCAACUAGUAGAAAGCAGAAUUUACUUUACUCUGGGUAUUUUAUGCAGGGAGAGGUUAUUAUGAAUUUUUUUUUUUUUUUUUUUUUUUUGUGGGCUGGUAACAGAUUACUUAUUUGCAAACCUGAACUAAUCCAUCCUUAAAACAUGUGCAAGGUCAAGAUAUAUAUAUAUAUGCUGACACAGAGACUAGACCUUUAACUCAAAAUGCUCAGUUCAAGUUCUGAAUUAUUCUGUGGGAGAAGGCUAUUAUGAACAGACAGUAAUAAUUGCCUGUGAUUUCCCAUAGCUCUUCAUCUGAGACCAUCUGGAUGUGCUGAGUGUUGAGUAGUAGCAGUAUUUUCCCCUGGAAUUUGGAAGUCAUCUUCGUUACACAGCACAGAGGUUCAGAUAGCAACAGGGAACAGCAUUGUGUCAUCCUACCGCUGCUAGCUUCAGGCAGAAAUAAAGGAAGCAAAGGGAAAAGGCAGAAGGAAAAAUGGGAGAAUGAUGUCUGUAUAGGGUAGAGGAGUAGCGUGUAAACUCCAGGUGCCUCCAGGAUCACUCAUGGCUGCCUGUCCCUUGGUAAAUGUCACAUUUAGCUACUUAUGGCCGCUGCCCACACAUAUACUCCUGUAAAUGAGAACGCUUGGGAGGAGAGGGAUAGGGAGUGAGUUACUGAGGUUAGUGGGCUGGAGAGAACCCCAGGCUUUACGUAUUAGCACCUUGUUUGACCUCAGUGUUAAUUUUAAAUGCUUGUGAAUCGCACCCAUUGAUUUAAUAAGUUUAAGUGCUUAUAUGCUUGGGCAUGAGAUGCCUACGGAACACAUCUGCCUAGCAUUUAUAUGAAAGUUUUAAGUGAUGUUAAGAUGAUUCCUUACCAUUUCUCAUGGUCCCCAAUCCCAUGGUGCCUGUGAGAUGUCAUUCCUGUGGACCAUCGUGUCCAGUUACUGGGGGGCUUGGCCUCUAUGGCCCUCUUUACACAUAUGAUUGGCAUUUAGGCGAAUGUCCCAGGUAAUGACUAGCAUGGCAUGUAGCUGAGCAGUGGAUAUUUUGAUGAUCUGGGGAUACAAAAACCGUUAUCCAGCACUUGAAUGUAUUUAUGAUCAUCAAUAAAGCCUUAAAAGUUGAGAAAGAGAAAGGUCUAGUUUUAGCACUGGCAGUUAAUUUAAGGAAGGUAAAAUAAGUGGAUAGUGAUGCCCACUUGUAUUUAUUUAUGUACGUCUAGGCAUUUUGGUGGUACCUCAGUCCAUCUGGAAGGGACAAUGUCAGUGUGUUCCAUAAACUGCAACAUACAGUUUAUGCUCAGGAAAAAAUCUGUCAUGGUUAUGGGAGGGCAGUUUCUCUGGAGCUGGCCAUAAAGGCAUUGAGAGCAGUUUCAGUGUUGGUGGGUAGCACGUAUGGAAAUGAGGAGCUAAGAUUCCAGUGAACAACAAAAGCUUGCUUGUAAUGUCUCAGAUGGGUCGUGCAAAAGAGGCAGAGAAUGUACUGUCUUUUUCAUUGACAGGAAACAGUCAUGCCUAGGAAACAAUGACUUUCUGAUGAUAAAACAAUUCUGUAACCCCAUUUCAAUUCUAUAAUUCCAUUUCAUGACACAGUCGUAUUAGAAAAUCUUGUUGAACUAGAUAUACCCUAUUUACAAAAAGUUAAUAACACCUCUAGAGUAAACUCAAUCCAACAAUUAAUAAUAGGCUGGCAGCUUUUAUAAUGUCUUAAUUUUGCACACCAGUGCAUCAUCAUAUGGAGUAUUUAAAUCUCUCUGUUGCUGGGACAUUCUAAUCUAUGUAUGCAUAGAAGAGCCAUAAAUUUAUUAUGUAGUUCAUAGUGUUUCAGAAAUUCUUUACGUCAGUCUGAUAGAAAAAAGAACUGAGACAUGAGGAAAUCAAAAUUGGGUGUUUAUAGAAAUCUGUAAAGGAUAUUUACCUGUGAAAGGGUUGUUAAUUAAGAAUAAAGAUUAGAAGCCUGGUGUUGGCUUUUCAGUUUGUAUUAUUACUGAAUAAGAGAGAAUAUACUAGGAAGUAUUUAUAAUUUUCUUAUACAAUAUCAUUGGAAAUACACUUGUUUUUAUAUUAAAGGUGAUGUAUAGUGGCAAUUUCACUUGUUUCUUGGAUACUCUUGAAUUUAUGCUUUUAAAAUGUUUGUUUAGGUAUGUAAUGGCCACUAGAUGUCGCUGUUCACCAGUAGUCUAAGAGUGGGUGUUCUUUAGGUUCAGCAAGCCUGAAAUGUUUCAAGCAAAGAUAAACAUUAAUGACCUUCUGAAUUGAGGACAUCUUCAUUGGAUUAUUCAUCUGUAAAAAAGCUUGAAAUAAAUUUAAUAUUGAUUGCUAAUGUUUUAGAAGGGAUAACAGUACUACAGUAUGUCAAGCUAGAGUUGAACAUAAACUAUUAGAUAAGUAGGCACUUUUAUGUAUUUUCUUUUUCAUGAUCAUUGGUGAUUGGCCAAUGUGCUCCUCAAUUUCCAAAAUUUGUACAAAUAUCAUAAUUAGAAAAAAUGCCUGAGGUACUAAAGUUGUGUUGGCUAUUUAUGUCUUAACACACAUAAUUACUAUUUUAUUGUUAUUGCAGUUAUAUAUCUUUUGAAUCCAUUUUUCUUAAUCACAGAUAGUUGUAAAUUGCUUGCUCAAGUUUUAGUAAUUAUUGCCGUUGACAGCAGAGUUGUAAGUUUUUGGUGUUGCUGAAUGUUAGAGAGUUCAAGAUACUAUUCUGCCUGUAAGAUCAAUAAAAGUAUUGGAAAAUAAAUACAAACCUUAAAACAGA